AUGGCUUGCUGCACAAGCCGAGACACCUUUGUCAGUCCGCUGCUAAAAUAUAUCUUGUUCUUCUUUAAUUUUAUAUUUUGGUUGGCAGGCUUUUCUCUUCUUGCCAUUGGUGUAUGGGCCCAUCUUGAGAAGGAACGAUUUACAUUUGACGAUGUACAGUCAGUCUUUGACUUCAUUACAGACAUCUCCAUUCUGUCUAUAACCAUUGGCUGCCUUAUUUUUUUACUCGGAUUUUGUGGAUGCCUCGGUGCACUGAGGGAAAAUACUUGCCUCAUAAAGUUGUACUAUAUUACCUUGUGUGUCAUAUUCUUUGGUCAAGUCGGUGGAGCAGUGUAUGUAUUCUUGAAGUCAAAUGAGUUCAAAGAUUUGUUUGUGAAAACACUUAAGGAAGAGCUGGUGCCAUUAUACACAGAAAAGACAGACAAGAAAACACUGGUAGAUUGGAUUCAAGAGCAGCUUGGCUGUUGUGGUAUAUCUAAUGAUGGAUACAAAGACUGGAACAAUAAUGAGUACUACAACUGCAGUAAAACAAACAGAAGCCCACUGGCUUGUGCUGUCCCACACUCUUGUUGUAUAAAACAAGACACUGUUUAUGCUGGGGUGCCAAAUAUAUUGUGUGGUGCUAAUUCUCUAAAUGAAACGGUUCAAGGCUCAACAAAUAAUAUUUAUGUUGUUGGCUGUGUGUCUUCGGUAAUGAGAAUUGUUGAGAGUAACCUGCCAGUUGUAGGAGGACUUAUUAUUGCACUUGCAAUACCACAGAUUUUAGGCAUUGUUUUGGGGCGAACAUUAGAUGGUCAGAUAACAGAUCAGUUGGCAAGAUGGCGGCGAAUGCAUGAGAGAUGA